GCCUGGUAGUAAGACAGUGCGAGCCGGGCCGCGACGCGGGCGUGACGUGUCGCCCUCUGUCGAAUUCUUAUUUAUAUAUUGUCACUAUCACUUUGGACUCCUAGUGUUGUGCAAAAAUAAUACUUCCGUUAUAAAAAAUCGUGAGUUAUAACUAAAAUCUGUGAAAAUUUUAUUCAUAACACCGUGUUUGAAUAGUGAUAUCACCCGUAAGUUGAUAGUGAUAAGGCGGAUAAGUGGAAAUUGCGUUGACUACGUCGUCGGACACCGGGAGAUUUGUUAUUAUAUACCGUGAUUUAUGUCAUUGUGGUUUAAGAAGAGCUCUUUUUCUUGAUAUUGUAAAUAGUAAAAUAAUUAAGCCUGUUUAUUAAAAUGAGUUAAUUAUUUGCCAAAGAGUGUCCUACGUUGUUUACUGUUCAAUUCUUUAACUGGUUAACCUUCAUUAAUAUUUAUCUUCGCAUAGCAAAUAACUCAUGUUAUGAUGACAUCAAAGCAUCUAAUCAAAAUUACAAAGUAAAAAAAACAUGAUAUUUUAUGGGAAUUUAUAAAUUGAAUAAUAUUGUUAUGAGGAAAACACGCGUCAGACAAUUAUUCUGCACUCCAUUUUGUACUUGAAACCGAGCAACGACGGUCAUUUCAAUAACUUUGGUUUGAUAUUUUCAUCUCAUAAGUCUGUAUCUUAAAGUAGAUACCUUGUAAUAAAGUUAUCUGUAGUUAGCAGUGAAGAGCGUAGGUCAUAGAUUAAUCCACCUCGUGUCAUUAUGCAGAUUGAACGCACUGUUAUGUUGAACUCUUCGUUUAACCUUAUUAAUAUGGAACUUAACUACCGAUAAAAACAACGGUUAAGUUAAUAAUAGAUUAUAAAUAAUGUGCUAUAAAAGCAGCAUUGGGUAAAUCCAUAUCCAUCUUUGUCCAACUAUAAACAAAGAUUGAAAGUUUUGGAGUAAAAGCUUUUGUCGAGGCGAGAAACUAUUCAUUUAUUUGAACUGGACAUUGUUCGCGAUGGAUUUAUCAUAUUUCCUUUGCCGCUUCCGCACUGUGGUUGCAAGCUUUGAUAACAGAACUGCCUGUCCAUCCACAAUAUCGCAACAACGAUAUUGGUGUCCAUUUUACUUAUAUCUCGGUAUAUUUAUCUAAACGUUUUGGACUUAGAUCUUUGUUAGAAAUUGAUUGUAAAGAAAACACGUUCUUUCUUCGCAUUCACUUUAAAAUUAGAGGGUAGAAUGUAACUAGUUAAUAACGGCGCGUACAAGGCGCAAUGUUUUUACUUAUUUAGAAAAGUGACGUUUUAGAAGCAUAAUUUGUUUAUGACGUUGGCCUUGUCACAAACGUGCAGAAAGAUAAAGCGAAGCCAUAUCUAUGUAUGUAGGUACAUGUAAUUGUCACGGUGCCAAAGACCGGUGGCGCCCGCGACUAUCUUCAGUCUAGUGCGUUCUUUAGAGGAGAAGUGUAUGGCGCGCGAUGUGUUUGCAUGUUCGCCUGCUGUGCGGCGCGCUGUGGUGGCCACUGCUGGUACGAUGCGCCCGCGCAACCCGCACCUACGACGACGACUAUGAUCAGCAACUCAAAGAUGAGCUCGGUGAAGUGGUCGCGGAGCUGGAGGCUCUGGAUGGGCAGGAGGAGUGUAAGCAAAACAGUAAAGCCAAGCAGAUGAGUAUAGGAAGGAAGAAAUUCAAUAUGGACCCGAAGAAAGGAAUCGAAUACCUCUACGAGAACGGAUUAUUGCAGAGGACACCUGAAGAUGUAGCGCAAUUUCUUCACAAAGGUGAAGGUCUAAGUAAGACGGCGAUAGGUGACUACCUCGGUGAACGUUCAGAAUUCAAUGAGGCGGUUCUCAAAGCGUUCGUUGAAUUACACGACUUCACGGACCUAAUACUAGUUCAGGCACUCAGACAAUUCUUGUGGAGUUUCCGUCUACCGGGCGAGGCUCAGAAGAUCGAUCGAAUGAUGGAGUGCUUCGCUCAAAGAUAUUGCCAACUAAACCCGGAUAUCUUUACGAACGCGGACACAUGUUAUGUACUAAGUUUUGCGAUAAUAAUGUUGAACACUUCACUACACAAUCCCAGUGUUAAGGACAAACCGCUGCCUGAACAGUUUGUGGCUAUGAACAGGGGGAUUAACAAUGGCGGGGAUCUACCGCAGGAGUUACUCUUAUCGCUGUACGAGUCAAUAAAAACUGAGCCGUUCAAAAUACCGGAGGACGACGGCAACGAUCUCAUGCAUACUUUCUUCAAUCCAGACAAAGAGGGAUGGCUGUGGAAACAGGGAGGAAGAUACAAGUCGUGGAAGAGACGGUGGUUUAUACUGAACGAUAACUGCCUGUACUACUUCGAAUACACGACGGACAAAGAACCCAGGGGUAUCAUUCCAUUAGAGAAUAUUUCUGUAAGGCCAGCGAGCGACAGACAACGGCCUCAUUGUUUAGAGCUUUACGCGAGCGGUGGAGCUGAUCUCAUAAAGGCGUGCAAGACUGACUCCGAGGGGAAAGUCGUCGAAGGCAAACACACUGUAUACAGAAUGUCGGCAGCUACAGCGGAGGAGCGAGAUGAGUGGAUCGAGUGUCUCCGCCGCUCCAUCAGUCAUAAUCCGUUCUACGACAUGUUGGCGCAGCGCAAGAAGAAGGCCCAGCACAACGUGCACUCGGCGCACUAACUACACACCGUGCCAGUACCGAGUGUACCUACCGAGUUUACCUUACAAUAUCUUCCUUUGUCAAUUGGUAUUGUGAUGCGCCGGGGUGGCUCCACCCUGCAGUAACACGAGCAGUGUUGGGACGUUCAUGAUGAAACACAGAUAACAUAAGUGCAAUUCAACUACAUCAAACCACCUCAGUAAACGAGCCUUAAUUUUAAAAUGUGGUUUUAUACAACUUCGGCCCAAUAAAAGUAAACUAUAAGUGAUCUUUGUUUUUGGGGUAUAGCCUAUAUUACAAGUCGUGUUUCUUUAACUCCUAAUAUUGACAUUUAUCAUAAUUUAUUGUAGAGAAUAUAGUAGAAUUUUAUAAAUACAGUGUACCUAAAGAGUUAUAGAAUGAAAUAAUAUGCAUAACGAGUGAUAUGUAAUGCGUCUGAUAAUAAUAUAACGUCUGUAUCAACAUUGAUGGCGAAAUAAGUUUUAUUUUAUCGUGUUAUUUUGUAUCAAAGUCAUAAGUGAGCUUAACCCCGUGGUAACGUCCGUCAAGAGUCAGCUAAUGACUUGACAAUAGCCAUUAGUCAUAACUCCAAUGAAUAUGUGAUAUUUAGCCAUGAUAACGUCGUACGGAAUGUAUUGUGUUGUACAUAUCUGAACACAUAACUACGCAUCAUUCAUGGCUGCUGGUCCAUGUAUAUAAACGAAGGAAAGACUGAAAAUUGUGCUUUUUAAACAUCGCCUAUUCGAAAGUGGAAGUUGUAGUCGCGUGCGUAUUCAUUAUCAGAUUGUCAACGUAGUUGUAAUUUAUUUUAUAUCACACGUCCGCACCUAACACAAUUAAUCGCACAUCGACGAUACAUGCUGUAAAAUGAAGCGGGACGUGACUUGUAUGUUACUGUCUUAGAAUACAACUUGGUGGAAAAGUGACUGUCAGUCACUGCUGUGAGAUUAGUUAUGAUUGUUACGAUGAAUGAGUACUGCCAAAAUUACAAUAAUUUGUUAAAACAAUAAAUAUGAGUUAUAACAUUUCCUAAUGUUAUACAACAUAUUGUUUUAUCAUCUUUUCUCAGGACAAUAAGUUCGUUUUGUGAGAUCGACAAAUGUUUUGUUGAUCUUUAGCGUAAUAACACCAUGGUGGAAUUGUAUUCAAUGAAAGUAUUACUUUAUUAUUAUUGUAUUGUAACAUAUUAUGUGAAGAAAGUGUAAAGUAAUACAUGUAUAAAUAGUUAAUUAGCCUAACUAAGUGUAUGGUGGCCAUUACUUCUUGGGAAUGUAAAUAUGGCUUGAUGACAGAAGGUAGAUAAGGCAGGGCAGCCAAUUUUUGAAAGACUAAUUAAUGGGAAAGAGAAAUAAAUCUCAGUAAGGAUCGGUUUUAUUUAUGUUUUAGUCGAUAAAUGGAAUAGUGGUUAUGGUUGGCGUCAUCAUUCUCAUCAUCAUUUCCGCCCAUGAACAUAGAUAUAAACUGUAGGUAAUUUUAUAGUACUCGCCUUUAAAGUGGCCUAACAUCAACAUUCAGUGUCAUUAACAGUGAUUUGAUUAGUAUUUCAGAAGUUGGAUGUUGUCACUAGUAUAAUUUUACAUUAGAUGACAAAAUUUUAGUUAACAUUCCUGUUCUUUAAUCUAAAUCAUUUCAAAUGAAUGUGGAUGCAACUUUGCUCCAAUUAUGUUUUAAUUAUUCUAAUGAACUGUUUCUUUCUAGUUGAAUUCUUUAUGUUCUGUAAAUAAUUUCAUAUAACAUGUACCUAAUUCAAUUUCAUUUAAUUCUAAUUCAAAUUUCCUAUCUUUAAAAUGAAAAGUGGAUGGAGUGUAGUAGUGCGAAGGAUUAUUUAGAAAAAUCUUCUGAUUGGCUACAUAUAAAUCUACAUAUUAUUUUUAAAUUAAAACGGCCAUACUCAUAUAUUGCCUUAAUUUUUAUAUAAUUUUAAAUGUAUCAUGUGAAUAAGGCUUUAAAUAAAACAGUGUUAGAGAUAUAUUUAUCCAUUUAUUCUAGGAACAUUACAGAUUAAUAUGGCUGUUUUAAAUGACAUAAUUAUUCACUAUUAUAUGUUUUAUUGAAGAAUAAUGUUUAUUAUUAUAUUAUUUGAUUUGUAAUAAUGAUAUUAGGGGAGGUAUAAAUUCUGUUUUGUAAUUAUUGUUUAUGGAAUGGUGCCUACAAUGAUCUGCAACUAGUUUAACUUUCUAUAGUAGUUAGAGUACCUACGUAUAGUGCGCUGUAAAUUCGCUUUAGAAACGUUAAUUUAUCAAUGUAAUGUUUUAUAUGACAGCGGAUAUGUGCAUAAUAAUGGUGUUGUAAAUAAUUUUGUAAGAAAAUGGAUAUACAUAAAAUAUGUUUAUUUAC